AUGCCAUCUAUAGGUCUAGAGUUAAUUUAUCCACCUAAUUGUAAGCCCAUAAAUGAUGAUUUGUCGAAAGAAGAAUUAAGAAGACGCCUGACUGAGCUAUGUAACGCACUAGACAAUGUUAUCGAGGAAGAAGGAAAAUCAACUGAAACUUCACUGGAUGGAGAGAGAUUAUCGCUUUCACAGGACCAUACGAAAUAUAAGGGACUAUUUCUUUUGCUUGGAUCACCGGAGUUCCUGAAAAAUGCAGAUAGAGAUAUUCAAUUACGAGUCGGUGUAUGUAUUUGCAAGCUACUUAAAAUAUUUUGCCCAUGCAACCCUCUUUCUGGUUUAUCAGAAGAAAAAGUCCUUACAAAAGAAAUCCUAUAUUUUUUAAUUGAUUGUAUUGGAUUACUUUCAAACGUGAAGACGAAAACCGAUGCUGUAUAUAUUAAACUUCAUACAAUGAUUUAUAUCUGUGCUCAAAUUGAUGUCUUCAUGUGGUGUUCGUUUUUGGAAGAUGAAUCUGUUUUAUUUGGCUUUGUCAAAAUGGUUUUUGCUAUUGUUAAAAACCUUGAUGUCUGGUCUUGGACUGAUAAUUCCAUCGUUCGCCAGAUGAUUUUAGAUAUGGCUGUGAAGGUUAUCAUCCAGUCUGAGAAAUUCCUGUCUUCUGACCUAGUCACUUUUAUACUUCAGUAUCUAAUAGAACCUGCAAAAAGUACUCAACCAGCUCAGCAUACAUUCGCUCGAGACUUAAUAAUAAGGACUGCUGAUCAGCUGGAAUACCGAAUUCAAAUGUUAUUACAAAACUCCCUAAUUGUAGGUAAAUGUAAUGAAACCCAAAUGAAAGCUGAAGGUAAACCCGUCCGUCCUCCUGAAGAGGCUUUGGAAGACAGCAGUGAGGGAAUAUCUGAUGUGAAUGAAUCCAAAGAUGAUGAGGGAAGUCCUGACCUACUUGGAGAGCACGCAUUUCUCAUCAUAUACGCUUUGCACACAAUACAAAGCAGUAUAGUAGCUCCAGUCCUUCCGACUAUUGAGUUAAAGUUAAAGUCGCCUAUUGUACGUGAGCGUAAACGAUCUUUCAGAUUAUUAGCACGCUUAUUUUCUGAACCGAAUUCUUUACUUCACAGGAGAAAUCCAAGUCUUUGGGAUGCAUUCCUGGGGCGCUUCAAUGACAUUGAUAGUGAAGUCCGCAAGUUAUGUAUUCACAUGUUGCCUCAGCUUUUAAAACAAAACCGGGAUUUGCUUCAUGAACAGUUGCUGACAAAUUUUCAACAGCGUAUUUAUGAUCCCGAUGAAGAAGUCCGACUUUUAGCUUUAAAAACAAUGACUGGUCUUAUUAAACAAUCUGAAAGUGAAGUUAGCGAUGAUGCAUUCGAAUUGUUAAAGGAGCGUUCUCGAGACAAGACCCUGUCUAUUCGUAAAGAAGCUUCUUCCGCUUUAGCUUCGUUGUAUAAAGGUGGUUUGCAGUCGGGUUGGUUAUCUGCUACAAAGUCAGCUUCCGCUCUAAAUACAAUUUUGCACUUGUACUAUCAAAACUCAACUGAUGACAAGCUUAUCGUUGAACGGUUAUUAAAGAGUUCAAUCAUUCCGUACAAUUUUGAAAAUGCUGUCCGUGUGCAAGCCUUAUUCCGCUGUUACAGUUUGAUGGAUGAAGCUUCAAUCAAAGCUAUGCAGGAAAUUUUUAAGACCCAAUAUGUUGCCCUCAAACUUCUUCGUGAUGUUGUCAAGUUGUUAACUGACCACCGUGAUGCGAAAAUUCCUUCCGAAGUUAAUACUGAAAUAAUGAGUGUCAUACAGCAUCUUAGCAUUUUAAUACCGAAAUCAGAAAAGUCAGUUGAACAUCUGAAACGUUUCUUCAAUCAAGUUCAUACAGAUAAAACACUAUGGAAUCAUUUAGUUAAACUGACUAAGCCACAAACCGCUUGUUCUCAGGCAACAUCAGCGUUAAGAGAUAUAUUAAAAAAAAUAGGGACGGCAGCAGAAAAUCCCAAUAGUGUCAAUGAUAACCAAACAAACUACGCACGUGUUGUAAAGAUUUUACUGGAACGAUGUGCACCUGUUCUUUUUGAUCGUAAUUUUGGCGUGGAAUUAGUCAAUCAGCUAUAUAUCAUCAAGAAAACUGGUUGCUUAUCUGGAACUGCUGGACGUAUGAAUGUGACACGUUCACUACGUUUAUUACUUGCAGUGUCCGUUUAUUUUAAAGAAAUACUACCUUUAAAUAAGGUUAUGGAUUACCUACUCUGUAUUUUAUCUGAUGAAAACUUGUCAGUGCUUAAUGAUGAUAAUGAUGAAAAUGUAUCAUCGUCAGCUAAUUCAAAUUCUUAUGACGAUUCGUAUACAUUACAAGAAAUGGCUUUAAGUAUCCUAUGUUGUGUACUUGGUGGGGGUCCAAGUGGAGCAUUUAGUAACAAUGACCUAACUGAGCCUCUUCAAAAUAUUGCUGACAAACAAAAUCUUAGUAUUUAUACUCAGUUAACUGAACGUUCAGAAGAAUUAUUACCAAUUUUACGUCGUUUUUGCUGUACAGGAAUUGUUCCCAUUUCUCUGGAAUCAUGUCAAAAUAGAGAAACUGCAGAAAAGUCUAUAAAAAAUAAUCGAAAAACAACAAAACAUGGAGUAAAAAUUCCUUCACCCAAGUUAAUAACAGAUACUGUUUCGAAUAGUGGUAUUGUUUGGCGUCGUGAACGUCGUCGUUCUAAGCUAUCAAUACGUAUUUUGUUUUGUCUAUGCAACGUUGUACGUCAUUUAUUAAAUUCAAAGAGUAAAUCUGAAGCAAACAAUAUAGAUUUGGAUGAAGAAUCUACUAUAUCAGUGAAUGAUGAUUUAACUGAUGAACUGGAAAGAUUAUCUACUUUAAAAUCUAAAAUUAAUGAAAUUCUCAAUGAUAUUGUUCAGGUUUGUAUUUCAUGCCCUAUUUUAUCUAACGAUUACAUAUCCUGCCUCACUUCAUUAAGCCAUAUUGCUUUAUUAUUUCCUGAUGUAUACAACGAAGAUAUUAAAACUUUCAUUACAAAUCUUUGGUACAACAAUGUGACAUCAAAGAACUUGUCUAAUCAAUCCAAAGCUGAAUGCAAUGCUCUUAGUUCUUGGUCACCUGAUAGUUUAAUCAGUAACUUAACUAGAGCAAAGAUUUCAGCUAUUAAACUAAUAACAAAUUGGUUAGUAGGUUUGAAAAAUGAAGUGAAACCUGUUGUUCAAGUUAUUAUUCGACUUCUUUAUCGUAUAAUCAUUCAUGAUGGCGAUUUAACAAAGGUGGUAAAUUAUCAUACGCUUGCACGUUCUCAGGCUUAUGUUGAAUGUAUUGAAAUUGGCUGGUAUUUGUCAAUGAGCUAUAUACUUUGUGAUCCAUGCCCACAAGUGCGUUCGCACUUCCUAACUAAGCUCAAUCAGGGUUUAUAUAAACUGAGUCUUCCUCUUGAGUACAUGGCUAUUUUCGCACACUCUGCUAAUGUAUCAGAACCUGCAUUUAAACAACGUGCAAAACAACUUUUUAUUGCGAAUAUUCAACGUCGUCGAGCAUUUUUAAAUAAACACCCUUCGUAUUUUCGUGAUGCCAAGUUUUUAUUUGGUCUGUUACCUGAUUACGUAUUACCGUACGUGAUUUACUUACUCUCUCAUGAUUCCAAAUGGACAAAACUAGAUGAUGUAGAAAUACUUAAUAAAAUCAAAAGUGCUUUAUGGUUCAUAAUGGAACCGAUUAUGUCUCAUGGUGAAAAUUUCAGUUUUUUACGAAAGAUUAUUGAAAAAAUUAAAUACGCACGAGAUGCCCUUCAUCCUGAUGAUACUUUAGUUAACGAGAAACUGUAUACUGUAUGCGAUAUUUCUUUGGGUCUUUUAUUAUCACGUUGCAUUAAUCCGACAAUUAAAGAGUAUCCGGUGGAUGUCAAGCUACCUAAAACUCUUUUUACCUCUGCACCAAGUGAUUUUCGCAAUCCUGAUUUUAAGCAACUGAUAAAUAUCGGUUCAGAAAGUGAAGCACAAACAGGUACAAGCAUUACAAAUCCACCUUUGGAAAUGUCCAUCAAAAAUAAGGUCCAACCAAUUUUACAGUUCACUCCCAACAAACACACAAAAGCAUUUAAAGAGGGAUUAAUUCCUCCUGAGCUUGUAAAACCCAAAGGUGUUAAUACUUCAAAGCCAAGGAAAAAAGCAGAAGAAACAGUCAGUCAUAAGAAAAAGGAGAAAAAUGAGGUGAAAUUUAAGACUAAAUCAAAUAAUAAUAUUGACGAGCUAUCAGGAUAUGGAAGCAUCGACGAUAAUGAGAACUCCCUGUCAGACAGCCGAGAUAAAAUAGAUCAACAACAGGAGAUUAUGUCCAUUUGUGUACCAUCUACCAGUAAUAACAUGUCCUCAGAAACUGAUCCUAAAGUUUGUGCUGAUAUUACAGAAACACAGGAAGUGAGACCGUCUACCCCUAACCGAGAAGCUGUUAAUAGGAAAAAGCGUCGAAAAACAACUCCACAAGAAAAUCUUAAACGCCCACGUAUUAGUAAAUUAUCAGACUCAAAUUCAAACAAAAAACAAUCCACACUUGAUUCUGUUGUAAAAGUUAAUGAAAUUUCCUCAAACAAGACCUUUUACCAAAUAAAGAAUGCAAGUCAACGAUUAUCUUCCGUCUUUUCGCGUAAGAAUGUAAACAUUAAGGUUAAGAAAAACCCACAACCCAAUAAUUCAAAGCAAAAUCAACCUCGUCCUAAUAAAAACUCUAGAAGGAAUAUUAAAACAUCUACAUCUACAAAAAACGACCAGAACGUCUCAUUAAGACCAAGAGACUCAGUAAUUUCAGAAAAUUCCCAGAAGUCUACUAGGAAUCCAGGAAGAACCUCACAUUCUACUAACAAAAAGCUUGUGAGAAGGAAUGUAAGAAGUUCAUCGAGACUAAAAACCAACAAACGUACACAUCUUUCGGAUGCCCUGUCAAGACGCCCAUCCUCGAGAAUGAGCGCGGUAAUCGCCAGACAAAAGCUCCUAAUCCCAAUGUCUCAGUCUAGCUCAAACUCGACGUCUCAACUGACUCCAAAACGAAAGUGA